AUGCCGCCAAAGAAGGACACUAAGGCUUCGGCCAAACAGCCCCAAAAAACCCAAAAGAAGAAGGAAGGAUCUGGCGGCGGUAAAGCCAAGAAGAAGAAGUGGUCAAAAGGCAAAGUGAGAGAUAAGCUUAAUAAUCAGGUAUUAUUCGACAAAGGCACUUACGAAAAAUUGUACAAAGAGGUGCCACAAUAUAAGUUAAUAACACCGGCCGUUGUGUCAGAGAGAUUGAAGAUUCGUGGCUCCUUAGCAAGACGGGCACUAGUAGAACUCCGAGAGAAAGGCCUCAUUAAGCAGGUGGUACAGCACCAUGGACAGGUGAUCUACACGAGGGCCACCAAAGGCGAUGACCCUGUUGCUUAA